UGGAAGACUUGGUUUUCUCUGAGUUUUCGUCGAAGUCGCUGAUACUGUCUGUAAUUACUCCCAAUUUCGAUCUCACCAGAUGCAUUUGAGCGCCAAUGAAGGCAUUGAAGCCAACACCUUCGUUGUUACCGGCGCACUGGGCUUCGUCGGCUCCGCCCUCUGCUUAGAGCUUGUCCGCAGAGGUGCUCUCCAGGUCCGAGCCUUUGACCUCCGACCAGCUUCUCCUUGGUCCGACGACCUCAAGAUUCACGGAGUCAAAAUCAUCCAAGGGGAUGUUACCUGUAAAAAGGAUGUGGAAAGAGCUGUUCGUGGUGCUGAUUGUGUAUUCCACCUGGCGGCAUAUGGAUUGUCAGGGAAAGAAAUGCUUCAAGUUGGUCGCAUCGAUGAGGUUAAUAUUAAUGGAACAUGCCAUGUCUUGGAUGCUUGCCUGGAGUACGGCGUUAGGCGGCUUGUUUAUAUGAGCACGUAUAAUGUAGUGUUUGGAGGUCAAGAGAUUGUUAAUGGCAAUGAGGGAUUACCUUAUUUCCCAAUUGAUGAUCAUGUUGAUGCAUAUGCUCGAAGUAAAUCCAUUGCAGAACAGUUAGUUUUGAAGACCAACGGACGCCCCUUAAAGAACAGGAAUGGCAAAUGUCUUUACACCUGUGCUAUACGUUCUUGUGCUAUCUACGGACCAGGGGAAGAGAGGCAUUUUCCUAGGUUGGUCUCCUUGGCAAAGUUAGGCUUGCUACACUUUAGGGUUGGGAAGCCAAGUGCUAAAACUGACUGGAUCUAUGUGGAUAAUCUCGUGCUGGCUUUGAUAUUGGCAUGCGUGGGGCUUUUGGACGACAUUCCCGUUAAAGGAGGAGCCCCAGUAGCUGCUGGCCAGCCAUAUUAUGUAUCAGAUGGUUGUCCAGUUAAUUCUUACGAAUUUAUUAAGCCUCUGCUCAAUAGCUUAGGUUAUGACUUGCCAAAUUCUUACCUGCCUGUUCCUAAAGCUCUUCUCUUGGGGAAAUUUUUUGCUGUAUUGUACACAAUAUUAUAUCCAUGGCUGGAUAGAUGGUGGCUUCCACAUCCCCUGAUGCUUCCUCCUGAGAUUUAUAAGGUUGGCGUGAGUAAUUAUUUCUCGUAUCUUAAAGCCAGGGAGGAGCUGGGGUAUGUACCAAUGGUGACACCAAAGGAGGGCAUGGCUGCGACCAUCUCAUAUUGGCAGAAGAGAAAAAGGAAGAGUCUCGAUGGGCCAACAAUAUAUGCGUGGCUGUUCUGUGUUGUCGGAAUGAGCAUCAUGUUUUGUGCUGCGUUCCUUCCAGACGUAGGACCUGUUCCAUUUUUCAAAGGCAUCAGCCUUUUCUUCUUUAGGUCAAUUCAAGUGGUGAGAAUGGUGUUUCUUAUAGCCUUUCUACUGCAUGUUGGUGAGGGUACUUAUGCAUGGUUCUUAGCCAGAAAGGUGGAUCCUGCUAACUCAAGGGGAUGGUUUUGGCAGACUUUUGCUUUAGGCUUCUUCUCCUUGCGCUUAUUGUUGAAAAGAGCAAGGAGUUAAAGGGGCAGUCCCUAUGUGUUGUUAGCAAACGAGAGAUAGCUGAAGAAGAAAAGUCCCGUUUGUAAUAAUACUCUCUCUUUGAGACUAUUUAGCUUCAAAGUAGUAGCGCAAUAAUUGAAAUGAACACAUCAUUUGAUUUGUAA